GCUUGACGCGGCGUCGCGCCCCCGGGAGCUGCGCGAGGCGAGCCGCGGCGCUGGCUUUGUGCUCAGCCACGACCAGCGCUCCGGGGCGGGUCGGGGCGCCUGAAGUGGGGAGAAUUGGCGGCGAGGCGCCGGCUCCAGCAUGUCGCUGCCCCCGGAGAAAGCCUCCGAGCUGAAGCAGCUCAUCCACCAGCAGCUGAGCAAGAUGGAUGUCCAUGGCAGAAUAAGAGAAAUCCUUGCUGAGACAAUACGUGAAGAAUUGGCACCUGAUCAACAACAGUUAUCAACAGAUGAUUUGAUUAAAGCCCUUAGACGUCGGGGAAUCAUUGAUGAUGUGAUGAAAGAACUUAAUUUUGUUACUGACAGUGUUGAUCAAGAACUCCCUUCCUCUCCAAAACAACCUGUUUGUUUUACUGAUAAACAGUCAACGUUGUUAAAAAAAACUAAUAUUGAUCCAACACGGAGGUAUCUUUACCUUCAGGUUUUGGGUGGAAAAGCUUUCUUGGAACAUCUGCAAGAACCUGAGCCUUUACCCGGACAAGUUUGUUCAACCUUUACUUUAUGUUUACAUUUUCGAAACCAACGUUUUCGUUCUAAACCUGUUCCCUGUGCCUGUGAACCAGAUUUUCAUGAUGGGUUUUUACUUGAAGUACACAGAGAAAGCUUAGGUGAUGGAACUAGAAUGGCUGAUUCAACAACAAUGUUAUCAAUAAGUGAUCCAAUUCAUAUGGUGCUAAUCAAAACAGACAUAUUUGGUGAGACCACUUUAGUAGCAUCCUAUUUUCUCGAAUGGCGAUCAGUUUUAGGCUCAGAAAAUGGAGUGACCAAUCUUACUGUGGAACUUAUGGGUGUAGGCACGGAAUCAAAAGUUGCUGUGGGAAUUCUAAAUAUAAAACUUGAGAUGUACCCAGCACUCAAUCAAACAUUAUCUCAAGAAGUAGUAAACACACAGCUUGCCUUGGAACGUCAAAAAACUGCAGAGAAAGAGCGAUUGUUUCUUGUAUAUGCUAAGCAGUGGUGGAGAGAAUAUUUGCAAAUUCGACCCUCACACAGCUCACGGCUGGUUAAGAUUUUUGCACAGGAUGAAAAUGGGAUAAAUAGGCCGGUCUGUUCCUAUGUUAAACCACUUCGAGCUGGGAGGCUUCUGGAUACUCCAAGGCAAGCAGCAAGAUUUGUUAAUGUCCUUGGUUAUGAAAGAGCCCCUGUUAUUGGAGGAGGAGGUAAACAGGAACAGUGGUGCACUCUGCUGGCCUUUCUCUGUAGAAACAAGGGUGACUGUGAAGAUCAUGCCAACCUUCUGUGCAGCCUCCUUCUUGGAUAUGGAUUAGAAGCCUUUGUCUGUGUUGGGACUAAGGCAAAAGGAGUACCUCAUGCAUGGGUUAUGACUUGUGGAACUGAUGGAACCAUCACUUUUUGGGAGAGUUUAACAGGACACAGAUAUAUCCACAAAUCUACCAAUCCUGAUGAAUCUCCAGUUGCUGAACAGCCCAAACCAUUGUACCCAUAUCGAACAAUUGGCUGUGUUUUCAAUCAUCAGAUGUUCCUGGGAAAUUGUCAGCCCUCUGACUCAGUAGAAAUCUGUAUAUUUGAUUUGAAUGAUGAAUCCAAAUGGAAACCCAUGAGUGAAGAAGCAAUUAAAUCUGUGUGCGCUCCAGGAGCUACAACAUCCCUUCCUCCCUUUCCACCUCUUUGUGCGUCCACGAUUGAUGCUUCAGUAACAAGUAAUGAAAUAGAAAUGCAACUAAGGCUACUAGUGUCAGAACACAGGAAGGAUCUUGGCCUCACUACUGUUUGGGAAGACCAGCUUUCCUAUCUCUUAUCACCAGCUUUGGCUUCUUAUGAAUUUGAGCGUACAACAAGUAUAUCUGCAGGCAAUGAAGAAUUUCAAGAUGCCAUAAGGAGAGCUGUACCUGAUGGUCACACAUUUAAAGGGUUCCCAAUACAUUUUGUGUAUAGAAAUGCAAGGCGUGCAUUUGCCACAUGUCUUCGGUCUCCUUUCUGUGAAGAAAUAAUCUGUUGCCGUGGAGACCAGGUGCGACUGGCAGUUCGUGUCCGAGUAUUUACUUACCCCGAAUCUGCAUGUGCUGUUUGGAUCAUGUUUGCUUGUAAAUAUCGCUCAGUAUUAUAGGACUAACAUUUCUAUAAGAAUAUACCUGUUUCAUUGGAAUUUUACACAUUGUACAUUACUAGAUGUUUAGAGUUCAUUAUUUUAAAAAUCACAGUCUGGCUUGGAUGUCAUAUUUCACUUUUGUAUAUACGUGACUGAUAAUGUUUGAAAAAAAUCAUGUGUGUAUUUAAAAAUUAAGGAUGAAAAACUUGUAUAAAUCUGAGUGGAAUUUAGUAUAAAUUAAGUGUAUAUUCUAUUUUAAUAAAUACUACUUUGUUUACAGGUAUUCAGUAGUUUAAAUAUGAAUAUUAAAUUUACGCAGUUUUCUUUAACAGGUAUUCAGAAAAAGAUAUUUAUCUAAGGGUUUGAGGUGUAGUAAAAUCAAUAUGAUCAUUAUUUUUCAUAGAUUAAUGGGAUUAUUUUAUAUGAAGUAGGAGAAAUUAACCUCACAACAGAUUUAUUUAUUACGUAGGUGAAAAUAUAUUCUGAUGAAUUAUCACUUUUGUGGUUUACCCAUGGAUAGAGAUAUUUGUGACUUUCCACAGAUUUAUGGGAAGACUUUGAUGCAAGAGUAGGAAAAAACUAGUACCAGAAAAGCAUCAAUAUUGAUAA